GUGCUUGCUGCUGAUAUAUAAAAGCAAUACCCAUCGCCAUGGUGAACCACAGUAUCGAAGGAACAACAGCCGGCGUUUGAUGUGUAAAAGCGUUCGAAAGCAGAUCCUUUAGUGAGUUCCGAACAACGAUCACUGUCGUACCAGUGUUCGAUAGGCAGUUUCUGGGAUACAGAAGGACCGAUUCAGUGGAAUUGGUUGCUUUGUUGCACCGAUUAACUUUUAGUGAUCUGUGAAUUUGAUUUAAGAAGUUUGUGUUCCGUGCCAACGUGAAUCAAGGAAUCAGGGUGACAGUUUAGAGAAAGCCAAAUUUCCAACAGCGCCUCAUCAUCCGGAAUAAUCUUCAUCGGAUCUCCACGGACACCGACCAGAAUGAAUCUAAUUGCACGUAGUCAAUCGGCCACCGUUUAUACCGUCACACUAAUCCUCUUCAGUAUAGUGCUGCUGAUGGGCGGCCACAUGUGCAGCGCGGACCCAUCACUCGAACCGAACAGCCUGUUUGGCGCCGACGAGAAACAUGUUGGCGAUAAACGACCGUUUUUCGUCGGCAGUCGCUACGGUCGGUCACACGUGUAUGGUGCGAAGGACCUUCGACAGGUCAAUGUAGUUCCUCGGAAUGACCGUUUUUUCCUAGGCUCAAGGUAUGGUAAACGGUCCGACCCGCUGACGAAGGAAAUCGAAACAGACAACAACAAUGGCGCAGAAUUGACCUACCUAGCUUGUCUGCACACCGGAGUGUCCAAUCUAUACAGGUGUUAUGGAAAAGAGCGAGAAUUACCAGCGAGUGGCCAAACUUUUCAACCAUUUAACGACAAUCUGGAUACUUCGGAUCAGUAAGCUGAAAGCUCAGACGCCUCCAAAUGCCAAUGCUAUCCAUCACGCUGCUAACAACCGUCAACAACCAUAUGCUUCGAAGCUCAUUUUUGUGAUGCAUGCGGAAAUAAUAUAAGAAGGCUUGGUUCUGCUUGCUGAACAAAAAUUCAAUUGUUUGAAGUGUUAGUUUCAAGCAUCAUUUCUGUUUUGAAAACUUCAGACAAAAACAAGGCUGGGUGGUUUUUGUUCAGCGAUUCAAAACCAAGCAAUAUUUUAAGUUCAUAGCCCUAUUUUAACAAAAAAAAAUAUAUAUGCCUAACAGAUCAAACGAGCACAAGAAUAACGUACUGAUAGACCUAUUUAUUAUUUAAAUUAUUUUGUGUAUGAUAUUUUUGGGGAUUGUUGCAAAUAAAUCCGUUCGAAAAGCAAAUCGCAACCUGACUAUGAGACUAUAUGACUACCGUCAACAAAAUUUGUAUGUGAUUUGGCAGUCAUAUUGUCUGUUUGAAUGAUUCUCGUGCGAAUAGUGAACUAUUAUAUGUACCAAUCGUAAAAACUUUAAUUCAAACUCAAUGCAGUUCCAUACUUAUCAGCACUGUUCUUAAUAAGGUUUAAACUUUGUUGAAAACACAAACAUGAAGAUGCCCUGUAAAUAAAAUUUGCGCUUCUAAAAUUGAUCAGAAAGCCAUA